AGCUUUCUGUUUAUCACUUGCGUGAUGUUCACGCUGGCUGGCGGCCAUCCAUCAAGCGACAAGCUGAAGAUUCGCAUACACGUGCCAGUGAAGCACCACACACAUGUCCACACGAAGACGGUCAUUAAGAAGGUCCCGCUGCCCAUACCGGUGCCGGUCAAGGAGCACCACCAUGAGCCGCCCAAGAAGCACCACAGUCGCAGCCACCACCAACACCAACACCACGAGGAGGAAAUGGACGACGACUUCGAGGGCUACGAGUAUCCCGUGAAGGCCAAGCGACGCACGCGGCAUCCCUUUGUCUGAUGCGGGAGAACAGCCACAAGCCCGGCCACCCU